AUGGCGGAGGCGCGGUGCAUCAACAUGUCGACGGGUGCGCGAUAUUGCACCCUGGCCUACGCCCGUUUGCCUGACCAUAGAUGGAUCGAGGUUGGCUCUGCCGACCAACGAAUCGUGCAACUGGAGACCUGUCACUUGGACCUGCCAUCACACGCGCUAUUCGCGCUGAAACAUGCCCACCUUGUGAGCGGGCCACCACGUUGCCCUCGAGGCCAUCUGGAGGGAAAGAGAGACGACGCCCCAUGCAGCAAAUCACACAAAGCAUCGCACUCGGACGCACGAUCGAGCCGGUCAGACGGGAGAUCCGGGGAUGACUAUUGGGUCGAUUUCCAGCCCGGGACCACCUGGGAUUCCGUCAUCCAAGAGGCACGCAUCUCAGUGCGUGCUGAUGCGCAUUCGGGCCGCGAGACCCGCUGGAGUGUCCCCGACUUGCCAUACAUACACAGGGUGCAGGGUGAGAAUUGCAUGUCUUUUUCUCUCUUUCUCGCAUUGGAUUUGGACCAAGUGCAUGAGUUGGGUGCUGCGGACGCUGCGAGGGUCUUCGCGUCGUCGGGAAAGGCGACGACAGGGGUCCUGGCAGGCGGCGAGUGGCCAAGGCAGAUUGGGCUGAGGGGCUGUGCCGGCAGGCGUGCGCCCGUCACUCUCCAGACCCCGCUCGACUUGGCUCACACCGCAACCGCACCGCCCCUCUCCUGA